AUGGCAACGAACGUUCAGGUCCAGGCUGCUUGCCUCCUGCUCCUCCUCCUCACCGGCCUGACCAGUGCUUGGCUUCUUCCCCACCAGACAAGACAGCUUGCAGACCACCAGGCCCAGGACACAGCUGAAGCCAAGGCCGGCUUGACGCCUGUGGUCCAGAGGCUACAGAGACGAGAUACCCACUUCCCCAUCUGCAUGUUCUGCUGUGACUGCUGUCAAAAGUCAAAGUGUGGGUUGUGCUGCAAGACAUAG